AUGGCGACGAACCCUAGUCAGCUGCUCCCCUCGGAGCUCGUCGAUCGUUGCGUGGGCUCGCGCAUCUGGGUGAUCAUGAAGGGAGAGAAGGAGAUGGUCGGGACUCUGCGCGGGUUUGACGUUUACGUGAACAUGGUGUUAGAGGAUGUUAUCGAGUAUGAGAUGACGCCGGAGGGCAAGCGUGUGACCAAGCUCGAUCAGAUCCUCCUGAACGGCAACAACAUCGCGUUGCUCGUGCCUGGGGGGAUGCCGGAUGAAGAGGAGUGA